UAGCCCACAUGGUACCACGCCACACCAUCGACCGACGCGGCAAGUCGGCCGGCAGCUAGCACCCCGUCAAAAGCGCACAACACAAGCUCGACCCCACGAUGGCCGGCGUUCGCCGCGCCGCCGCCCUCCUCCUGCUGCUCGCCCUCGCGUGCACCCCCGCCCUGGCCGCGCGCGACGUCGCCAGCAGCGCCGCCCAGGCGAAGACCAAGCACCCCUCGGGCCCGGCGGCCGGCAAGAAGCCUGCCAAGCCGUACAUGCCGCCGGCCACCAAGCUUCCGGGGUCGGGCGGCGCUGGAGGCGGAGGCGGGAUGCCGGCCAUCCCGGGCAUCGGCACCAUCCCGGGGUUCAACGUGCCGGGGAUGGGGGGCGGGUGGGGCGGGGGCUACGGCGGGCCCGACGGCGGGUACUCGCGCGGCGGCGUGGCGGCGUCCACCACCGUCUGCUCAGAGAAGGGCCCCUGCUACAGGAAGAAGCUGACGUGCCCCAAGAAGUGCUUCUCCUCCUACAGCGGCGCCGGCAAGGGGUACGGCGGCGGCGGCGGCGGCGGCGGCUGCACCGUCGACUGCAAGACCAAGUGCGUCGCCUACUGCUGAGUGCUGAUCGGUCGUACGUACGUACGGGGAGCUCGGCGGCUCCAAGGUCAUCGAUGGCGCCGGUGAGCACCACAUUAUGUAGCGAGCGUGAUAUGCAGAGGAGGCAUACGAUACGACUAUACGAACGUAUGUUUCUUCCCCGAUGGUUUAAUCAGCUGUAAUGUCGUCGCCUCCUGGGUGUCAGAAUCGCUAUGAACUAUGAACAAAUAAGCAGAGAGAUAUGUACUAUGAUAUGUUACCCUUGGGUCUUGCUGUUUCUUCGAAUGUGGUAAAUUUCACAAGAUUAUGAGCGUCCCUAUAUAUUUGAUCCUC